AUGGCUUUACUUCAAUCUCCGAAGGCUUUGCUAUUUGACGCAUUCGGCAUCUGUGUCGAUUGGAGGAGGACUGUUACCAACUCCCUUUACGCACAUGCUCACGCCUCGCUGAAUUCAGCCACUGCAUCAGUAGUAAACUCCUGGCGAAACUCCUAUAAGAAGUUCACGAAAUCAGUAGCCAAUGAUCCAGCUUUGCCUUGGAAAACAGUUGAUGGACAUCACUUAGAAACACUCGAGCAGCUAUUGUCUGAGUGGAACUUGGACGGGCUUUGGAUAGAUGAUGAAGUCCGUAUGAUGAGCCUGAUUUGGCAUCGAUUGGAGCCCUGGCCGGAUUCUGCUCCCGGUAUCAAAGUCUUGAACAAGCUACCCUACACGGUGACUUUGAGCAACGGCAACCUCAGCCUCCUUUCUGACCUAAAAAGUUACGGCUCAAUGGACUUCACCCGCACUUUCAGUGCCGAGCAGUUCGAAUCGUACAAACCUUCUCCCAGCGUGUACUUAGGGGAGGUUGAAAAACUUGGUUUAAAGCCCCCGGAGUGUGCCAUGGUAGCCGCCCAUUUGACUUACUUGAAGGCCGCGAAAUCUCACGGGCUCCAGGCAAUUUAUAUUGAAAGGUCACUGGAGGAGGAUUGGAGCUCGGAGGAAAUUGAAGUAGCCAAGACUGAGGGCCGGGUCGAUCUCUGGAUUCCGAUAGAUCAGGCAGGAUUUAUGACUGUGGCCGAGAGCCUAGGAGUUGAUAUCGCAUCACAUAUGGUAUUCUUAAGGCUCAAAUAA